UGCCAGGACAGCGCCCUUCCAGUAAUGUGCCCACAGCAUCUGGUGAAAGAGAAUACAGGAGCACACUGUGGGCUAGUUGUGAAUCACUGCAGGUUGUUCUGUCUGCACAUAGUAAAUCAGGAGAUUAAAACUGUAACCAGCUGUACAGGAGUUUGGUUCUUACAUGGCAAAGAAGCAAAUCUAGGCUGUAGUCAAGUGAAAAGACUGAGAUCCUUGGGCUCCCCUAGCCUGAACUCCUGCUGGGUAGAGGGAUGUAUACCUUGAAGAUCUGGCAGCAGGGCAAGGGCUUCUGGGCCUCACAUGCUGCAGGCUGCACAUUCUGGUGAGCAGAAACGGGAAUUGCCUUCAUUUCCAGAGACUGGCUGCAGCUCUGCAGGAGAUUCCAGAACAGGAUUUACUGCUUGCCCAGCCCUCCGACAAGUGGCGUUUGGUGUAAUGACAUGCCCUCUUGCCAAGGCUGGCACCAAGUGUAUCUCACUUUUACUGGCUGUUUCCAAAGUUGUUUGCACACUGAGGUAGUGAACUGUUUCAGGCGUGCUCAGACUGGAGUUGUGCAUGGACUGCUGAGAUGAUAGGGCAAAGAUUCUCCUGGCUACUCUGGGCCUAUGCGUGCUGCUGGAGUGUUGGCUUUUGUGGGAAGGUGGUGGUCUGGCCCACUGAUGCCAGUCACUGGAUCAACAUUAAAGUGUUGCUGGAAGAGCUCGUUCUCCGGGGUCAUGAAGUGACUGUGCUGGUACCAUCAAUAAAUAUGCUCAUCAACUACCAAGACACCUCAUCCCCUUUCACCUUUGAGGUCCUGAAAGUGAACUUUACCCAAGAGACCCUGGAUGCUCUCAUGGAGGACUUCCUCAAUCUCUGGAUUAAUGACCUCCCUAAUCUGUUCCCCUGGGAGGUUGCGUGGAAGAUGAAAGAAGCCAUAUACUCCUUUUCCAAUUUGUCAAAGCAGUCCUGUGACGCCUUAGUGUCAAAUACUCAGCUGAUAGCAAGGCUGCAUCAGGCCAAGUUUGAUCUUCUGAUCGCUGACCCUCUGGCUGUAUGUGGUGAGCUUGUAGCACACCUCCUGGCAAUCCCUUUUGUCUACAGCUUCCGUUUUUCUGAGGGGAACGUGGUAGAGCGGCUGUGCGGUGGGCUUCCAUCUCCACCUUCUUAUGUGCCUGCUAGCACAAUAGGGAUGACGGACCAGAUGUCCUUUGUGGAGAGACUGUGGAAUUUCUUAUUUUACUUUUCCAUGGAUUUAUUUUUCUUGAAGUUUUGGCGAGAUGAAUGGGAUGGAUACUACAGUAAUGUCUUGGGAAGGCCCACAACCCUGUGUGAGACAAUGGGAAAAGCAGAGAUAUGGCUAAUCAGAACAUACUGGGAUUUUGAAUUUCCUCGCCCUUUCCUGCCCAACUUUGAGUUUGUUGGAGGACUUCAUUGCCAGCCUGCAAAGCCACUGCCAAAGGAAAUUGAAGAAUUUGUUCAGAGUUCAGGGGAACAUGGCAUUGUGGUAUUUUCUCUCGGGUCAAUGAUCUACAACCUAACCGAUGAAAGAAGUAAUGUGAUUGCCCGAGCCCUCAGCCAGCUUCCACAAAAUGUCCUCUGGCGAUACAAAGGAAAAAAGCCAGCAGCUCUGGGCUCCAACACCAGGACCUAUGACUGGAUACCCCAAAAUGACCUGCUUGGCCACCCCUUGACAAAGGCCUUCAUUACACAUGGUGGGACCAAUGGGAUCUAUGAAGCUAUUUACCAUGGAAUCCCAAUGGUUGGGAUUCCCAUGUUUGCUGACCAGCAUGACAACGUUGCUCACAUGAAGGCAAAAGGAGCUGCAGUUGAGCUGGAUUUCAGCACACUGACAACGCAGGAUCUAGUUGAUGCAGUGAAUACAGUCAUUAACAAUGCCACCUACAAGGAAAACGCUUUAAAGUUAUCCAAGAUACACCAUGACCAGCCAAUGAAGCCUCUGGAGAGAGCUGUCUUCUGGAUUGAAUUUGUCAUGCGUCACAAAGGAGCAAAGCAUUUGAGACCAGCUGCUCACCAUCUCACCUGGUACCAGUACCACUGCCUGGAUGUUCUGGCAUUCUUGUUCACCUGUACAGCCAUUGCUGGCUUCAUUCUUGUCAAGUGCUGCAUAUUUUGCUGUAGAAAAUGUGUUAGGAUCACAAAGAAAAAGAAAGAAUAGAUAUGUUGAUCCCUUCAGCAGUCUUUCUUCAGUAAGGCAUUACUGCAUAUUCCUUGAUAAAUACAAUUAUUAGGAUAUGCUUUAAACUAGGCAUAUCAUGAAGAACCUCAUUGAAUUACGUCAUGCUAAAAAGCAGUUAGAGGGCUGCUUGCUAAGCCAGCAAAUUACUUCUGGCCUCUAUAACAUUGAAUUAUAGCUGCUUUAUCCCUUGGGAAGCUGUUAGCUGAUCACACAGUAUUCCUAGAAUGGUAAUUACUGCUCUAACUUUUCAAAUUCACUUUGGCAUUCUUUAUAAAUUCAACCUUUCUGUGUGUUGUCCAGUGGUCCUGCAAUUAAGUUUUCUUAGCCUAGCUCUGUCCUCCCACAUAAAAUCACGUGAUUCAAAACCAAAAUACCUCUCCUGUCAGUAUAGCUCCAGAUUGAAUAGUGAAGCUCCUAAAAAGCACCCAACUGAAAGGCUAGCAUCAUGAAAGACUGGGAGCUGCCAGAGUCUGGGGGAGCUUGUAUAAUCACUUUCUACAUAUGCACUACUUAGUGGUAGAGAGGAGACCAAAGCUUAUCUGAGUCCUGAAAUCAGUAGACAAACUGUUUACUUUCCUCUGGGAACCAUUUCUUUUUCCCAUCCAGUAUGCUUGGAUUCCUGCUGCACAUACCAUCAUUCCAACUACAACAGCACAGGUGUGUGAAAAUAACCUACACCUGUCAGUAACGUGCUCAUGUUAAACCCCGAAUCCUCUGAGCCAUAGUAACUGAUAAACCCAGAAAAUCCAUGAGGUGGAACUUACAAAGUAGUCAUGUCAUGCAUAGGAACAACACAAUAGUUACUUGCCUUGUCUGAAGUACUGGUGGGAAAACAAUGCUGCCCGUGGCUCAGAUAGAGUGAUGUUAAAUGUUGCACUACUGAAACUAUUUAAGGAGACUUUACUGAUGAACACCUACUAAACUGAUGCUAGUUCAGGCCACCCGUUCAAGGUAAGGCUAAUCCACUAUUAUGCCAACAUACUUAAGAAAGAAUCUGCCCCAACUUUAACUGAUGUUUGUUCUAUUCUGGAUGUUGUGGAUUUGUUUUCAAACAGACUGGGAAAACAUUAUCUUUGUUUACAUAAUAAAAUUCCCUUCAAUAUAUUAA